CGUUACCUCACGCCGCGGGCGCAGCGCCGCAAAGCGUCGCGAAAUGCCCGCCCCUCGCCUGCAAAGCGCGGCCGGCAAGAUGGCGGCGGGGAGGGCCGUGGGCGCCGGUGGCGCCUGGCUGCGUGGGCUCCUGGGCUGGGCGCGGCCGGAGAGGUGGUUAGCAUCCAGUAGUGUUUUCCCUCUGUCAUGCAUCCACACAAGUGCAUGUCUACAGAAACUUGGGAAGUGGGAGAAAAAGAACAGGAUCGUUUACCCUCCGCAGCUGCCCGGGGAACCUCGCAGACCAGCUGAAAUAUAUCACUGUCGGAGGGACAUAAAAUACAGUAAAGACAAGAUGUGGUAUCUGGCAAAACUGAUAAAAGGAAUGUCCAUUGAUCAGGCUCUUGCUCAGUUGGAGUUCAAUGAUAAAAAGGGAGCAAAGGUGAUCAAAGAGGUUCUCUUAGAAGCUCAAGAAAUGGCAGUAAAAAAUCACAAUGUGGAAUACAAAUCAAAUUUACAUAUAGCUGAGUCAUUAACAGGCAGAGGCCAAUAUGUGAAACGGAUCCGUUACCACGGUAAAGGCAUGUUUGGCAUCAUGAAAUUAGCCAGGUGCCACUACUUUGUGAAGCUGGUGGAAGGUCCUCCUCCUCCUCCGGAGCCACGAAAGACUGGUUUUGAUCAAGCAAAAGAAUAUGUGCAACAGCUGCGAAACAGAACACUUGUUCAUACACUGUGACAAACUCUUGUGACUGUAUUGGUACUUAUUGUUUGACAAUGUAGUCAUAUAAAAUAAUAAUUAAAAUCAUGUGUUAGGUGUAUUUUUAAGUGCUGCUGAAGCUGGACUCUGCAAGAAUGACCACAGGCUUUUUCUUACUUUUCAAACAAUAGGUAGUGAAAAAUCUUGGAAAGGCAGCAACAGAUGUUAUUUUUUGAGUUACUUGGACCACAGCAUUCAAACUUGUCUGAGCUAUCAGAUCUAGAGCAUACAGGGCACCUCCACAAUUUCUCAGACUUUGGUUGUCACAAAACUGAUGCAGCUAUAUUUUUGUUAUAUACAUUUGGGUCUUUUGUUAUAAAAAAAAUGUACAAUGGACAGAUUGCAAGGUCAAGACUUUGAGUAAAAUUAUCAGAAUUGGACAUCUCAGAGUAGCUACAACAUCUCAGCAAAGCUGGCAACAAGCUUAGAUUAUCAUGCAUCAUUUUAGGAUUCCUUUAACUGGGCUGUAAUGCUGAUUCCUUACUGUCUGUGUUGUAGGCAUUGUCUGGCAGUAAGUAAAAAAAAAAAGUUCAGGUUUUGACGGUGUCAGUAGGUGGCAUUGUUUAGUUUGUUAGAAGGACAUGGCAGUGAAAACUUGCAGUGUGUUGAAACCAUUCUUGAUUCUGACCAUGGCAUUAAUAGUCCAAUAUGUAUUUGGAGCUCAAGCUGUUCUUUGUGGAAACUCAGUAAGAGUAGCAGGCAUUAUAGGGAGGAAAGCUUAUCUUGGUGAAGAGUGAGCUAAUUAUUCUGUAGUGUAUGGGAACAAAUUGCUUUUGUAAUGCUGAGGCAAGUAAAAUGCUGUAUGGAUUUAAUGUGGAAUAGCUUGUUGCAUAUAUGAACGAAGCUUUCAGUUCUCUGAAAAUAAUCUCACUUUUAUGAAGUGAAAAAGGGGGGGGGGGGGAAGGUCAAUGGGGAGAAAUCUGUCUUUACCCAGUCAAAUUUUCAACCCAGAUGGCCAGAGAUCAUGAACAUCAGCAUAAAAACAGAAUGAGUGGUUGCUUGUUUAUGAAAAUAAUCUGGUAUUUAGACCUUUUUCCAUUCUGGAAACAUUAGAAUGGGAGAUGAAUUGCUGACAUCAUUUGGAUCAUUUUACCACACUGACUAGUGGUGGCAUUUCUUAUAUGGCUUUAUUUUCAUCACUACUUGAAUGAUGGUCAAGGGACAGUUUCCCAUAAGGAAACAAAUUCUUUGUCUCAGUAAAGAUGGCAUACAGCUGAUUCUUUGGGCUACCAAAGGAAAGGGAGUGCUAGGGGAUUGUGAAGUUACACAAGAAGUACACACGUAGCUCAUACCACUAACAGGUGCUUACUUGCACUCUUUUUUUUUCUGUAGUGCACUUACAGAAGCAUUACUUGUUUUAUUGCAGGGAUUUAGUAACUUGUGUCUGAAAGAUGGAAGAAACUUUUCCUGUAGUCCCUGACAUGUUUGAGGAACUGUUUUUCGUAUGCUGGGAUAAACAGCUGUGCUUUGCUCUGCCAGCUGCCCUUAACUCUUUUGCCAUACUGGGUCUCUUAAAAGCUGUAGCAAGCUUGAAUUACUUUUAUUUUGCCGGGGUUGGGGGAAGUCAGUGAUUUGGGAAAACAUUAAAGAAUUGCAAAAUAAACCACGCUUAACAGUGCUUGUCAUCUAAGCAUGUAAAACCUGGCUCCUAGAUACUUUAUCAUAGUGCCUUUCUACUGCAUACUGUAGAUUUCCCUUCAGAUCCCUUCUCGACCUCCAGACAAGAUUGAACCCAUACAUGAAUAUUCAUUGCUCUAGUUUUCUCUAAAAACCGAAACAUAAGUGAGAAUGUGACUGUCCUUUCCAGCUUCUUCAUGAUACAGCAGGUGGCCCUGAUGCUCCUUUAAUCAAACAGUUUUGGUCGUCUUAAAACUUUUCAGGCAAAAAGCAGGAUGCUUGCAUUCUAGUUUGGCUGCUUGUCAUUGCUGUUUUCCUCAAAACAAAAAGUAGGAGGAUUCAUUUUUGACACUUUUCUGCCUCCCCCCCUUACAUCUUAUUACCCUUUUCUUCCUUCUUUAAAGGUGUGUAACCCACAGUGGAUCCUUAUGGUAUUAUCUAAAGAAGCUCCACAACCUUGGCUGUAUCAAUAGAAUGGGAGAUUUGUGAGAUAAGGAGCCUGAGUUUACUUGAUCCCUCUUUCACUCGUAGGAGGGUAGGAGUGUCUGAAGUGUUUUCAGUGAUGAGUACUCCAGAGCAUUGGUAUGGGAACCUGCCUGAAUCUUUUUUAAAAUUUAGUAGAAUCUAGUGAUAAAGCUUUAUACCAUCAA